AAAUUUGAUAUAGAAGACUAAAGCUGAAAACAUGGCCGUGAAGCAGUCUGUGUUAGUGCUCGUGUUUGCCUCAUUUCUUGUGCCACAAAGCAGGGCUUAUUUGGAUGAAGAAUCUGCAACCAAGAUAAUAGAUGAGCUAAUUCAUAAUGUCGCAAAUGGGUUGGCUGGAAAAGACAAGUGUGCAUCAAGGGAUCUCCCGGGAGACUGUUCCAUAACAGGCGACUGUUCUCAGAUCACGUGUAGCACGAACUAUGGCGGAAAAACUUCUACUCUUAAAGUUACUAUUAACAGAUGUGAUGAACCUGUCACCGUGACGAUCAAUGUGAAGGUUAAAGAAGACGACGUUGAUUGGACUCAUGUUUUCACUUCUGGUGACAAACUGGCCGUCCCAGGCCUGAGUAUCAAAGUGCAAAACGUCAUCAAAGCAGGCUUGUUCAUCAAGACUACCAUUGAACCAAAAGACAACAUUUUAACUUUAAAGGUGGCCUUAGAAGGAGGAGCAAAACUUGGAUCGGUUUCUUUAUUUCCAGGAUUAACACUCAUCGAACAAGAGCUGCCACUUUCCACAGAUUAUUGUGGUUUUGUUCGCUGGUGGGACGACCGUAACACCGCUGAACGCAUCUCGCUGAUCGUGGCAUCUUUAUUGGUGGCCCUGUCAAUCAUUUCUGGUUGUUUCUGUUGCGGAUGUUGUUGCUGCUGCCGUUGUUGCCGCAACAAGAGAGGCUCUGGAAUCGUUUGAUUCCCCCCCCACCCCUCCACAGUCAGAGAUGGUAAGAUUAUGACACAACCU